AUGGGUUGGAAAGAACGCUCUAUCUAUGCAUGGCAUACACUACUCAGUCUUAGCUUUUUCGCAUCUUUAACACUGGCUCUUUUGGACACGGAAGCAGCGUCUCAAAAAAUCGAUUCAGUUUAUGUUGGAAAACUCAGUGCAGCAUGGAUCGACGCCGAUCACACGGAAGGCUGUGGUGAACGCCUGCUUGGCGUCCUCGAUAACACGAAUCUCACGUUCGGGCCCGUUCACGACAAUACCACCGACCACUCAAAUCCUUAUUUUAUCUCACUAGCAUCACCACAGACCGAAAAUCUUACGGUCACGAUGCAGUCUUCGAUAUCUUCGGAAAAUUUGGGUGCUGCAUGGUGGUCUGUAGCGGCAGAGCUUGACGACGAUGAUGAAGAAUACAAAAUAACGGGCACACUGAAAAACACCAAAAAUCUCUCCAAUAAUAAAUUCUCCGGAAACUUUGGGAGUGGGGGUCUUGAGGAUGGAGACAUAGAGUUUGAGAUUGAAGGUAGCAUGGUAGAUGGAGAUACAGGGCGUACAAUAGCCUACACCAUACAAUUCCACGGGAAAUGGGACUCGGGGACAGCGAAAUUAAAUUUUUCGUCUAAUAAUCCGACAUGGCCUAAGGCCGGUACUGGGGAGAGCGACACAACUACGGCAGCUAAAACAUCUGGGAUUCUCGUAGACACUGGUCCGACGCCCACUGGAAGUGCGGAGAAAGAUGAUGAUGAUAAGAAUUUCAUGGACGAUAUUUCCAAGAAGCUGGGACUUGGGGGUGUUGUGGGGGUAAUAUCAGGUGGAGUAAUAUUACUUGGUAUUGUCGGGGCGUUGAUAUUUUGCGCCGUGAAUCGGAGGAAAAGACAUCGCGAGGCUGGAAGAGUAUAUCCUGAAGUUGCUUAUAUCUAUACACCAUCGCCUGAUCUCGAUGGAAGCUAUCCGGGCUCGUAUAGAUCAAACUCGGAGCUGGAUAUGAGGGAGGUCCUGGUGAACGACUAUUCAUUGCCAGUAACCAAUCAACAUCAGUGGAGGCAAUUCUAG